AAUUGAAAGAGAGUAGGCUUAGACUGGACAUAAGGAAGACAUUUUUUAGGGUGACAAGACACUGGCAGAGGUUUCCCAGAGAAGUUGUGGGUCCCCCAUUGCUGGAAGUGUUCAAGAUCAGGUUGGAUGAGGCUUUGAGCAACCUGGUCUAGUGGAAGAUGUCAUAGCAGGGGGGCUAAACUCUAUGAUCUUUGAGGGUCCCUUCCAACCCAAACUAUUCUGUGAUUCUAUGAAAAUCUGUUGGAAAGACUUACCUUGGGAAGAUUAUUGAAAUUAUUGGAACUAGCCUAUUUAGGAUGAAGCAAGUGGGGAAGAAAUGACAGUAUGUUAACAGCCAUCCACCACAUUAAUAUUUUUUAGUGUCAUCUUUUGCUUCAGCCGAAACUCCAGGCUCAAAUCUAGAUUAAACCUAUUUUUGUCCCAUUUGCCUCUGCUUGAGAACUGGUAUGGAGCCUGUCACAUUAUGGGAGCUGCUUUGGGAUGAAAAAAACCCCAACUUUUUGGCGAGUUGCAUUAUUUUUUUUCAGUAGAUCAGUCUUAGCUUGCCCUAGCUCCCAUCUCUGGUUUGCUGGACCACAGGUGCCCACAGCAGGGCAGGAAAGCGGGGCCAGCGAUGCUGCAUGUUGUCAUACUGGUAUGUGAAACCCCAAAGUCUUCCUACAGCUCCCACCUUAUUGAUUCUUCCACUUAAGAGGAAGUUGCAGAUUUGUGGCCAAAAUUCUGAGUUUUAAUUUCUUGUUUACAAAUAUGCCCUAGUGCACCGGUGCUGAAGUGUGUGUGUAUGUGUAUAUACAUAUAUGAAGUAUGCCUUCAUAUCUUCAUGUAGUUUAGUUAACAUCCUUUCAAAAGAACUAGAGUAACUACUCUUGUUGGAAAACUGUUUCCAAACCUCUCCCUCUUCAGAAAACUUCUACAUUCUUGUUUUGUGUUUUGAAAACAUUAAGAUGUCAUCUUCAUCUGCAAGUAUAAACACUUAACAGCUGGAAAUUAAAAGGAAAACCAGUGAAAACCUGAAGGUUUUGGUUAGCCCUGCCUGGAAUAAAGGGGAGGAGGAAGCUACGAAGACGUGGAAGCUGGGGCUGAGGGGGAUUCGCUGCCACCGGUGGCAGAGCUUUGACUUGCCGGAUGGCAUCAAUUUGGCAAAACCCAGGAGCCUCUGAACGACAGACAGGGGACUGAAGCUUUUCUGAAUCAAGUUCAACUUAUUUUUAUUCAACCCUUGUUGCUGAAUUCACCAGAUGGAUCUUUCUGACUCUGUUGCCAGUAAAUAUAAAAUCCGCUGGUCGGGAGUACAGAUUAACGGUGACGGUGUGUAAUGCACACUUCUGGGCUAACGUCGAAAGGAUGGAGUCAUUCAAGGGGAUUGAGGCUGCAAGUCAAAUGCCUCUUACAAAGAGAACCAGCGUUAAAUAAUUAGAAAAUCUUUUGUCCUCUCAAAUAGUGCAGAAAUCAAUUGUUUUUUCCAAGAUUGAGCACAAUAGGAUGAAACUCUUGUCUGCCAGCGUGAAAGAGCAGGAUGCCAGUUUUGAUCCUGCCACUGCAACUGGUUUGCUGCUAUCACCAUGCUCGGAAGGAGCAUCCCAGUGCCAGUCUUCCCAACAGCCCUUCAGAGUCAGCUCCAUUCAGGAACCGUUACUGAUCACCCACAGAUCACUUGAAAGGAAGAGCAAGAAGGAGUUUUGCUGCAAAAUCAAGUAGAAGGCCUUUUCUUCCAUCAUCCUACCCAUUUCAUUGUUCUCCUAGGCUGUACCACCCAUCAGACCAGCUGAGCAGCCUUGUCCUGGACCUGAACGUCCAGAAUUAGCACGGGGAAGUGUGCUGGAGAAACAGAUGCAAUGCUCUGGUCAUCUCGCCUUCCUCCCCGGCUGCAUUCCAGUGCAAGGACUGGUCUAGUUCAAUUUGCAGUGGUUCUGUGCCGACAGAAGCAUCCUUGUCUGCGGGCAGCCACCAUGCAGCAUCAGUUUACCCCAGAAAAUAUAAUGGAGUGUUGUAAUCAUAGAUACACAGUUGUGCAUACAUUUUUGCUUUCAUCUUUUACAGAGAGUUAGAAAUUUAGGGUCUCAUCUCUUUUGACCCAUCUGUAAAAACACACAAGUUGGGGCAUAAAGAUACUACAGGUAAAAUUGCCUCUGCCUGGUGCUGGACCACUUUAGCUAAACCAGCACAACUUUAUAGAUAAACGUUGUUCCAUUAUUUAAAAUCUCUUCUGGCUUGCUAAACCCAUGUAACCAAUGAAACAGUUGAUGUGGCUUGUCCUUACUGCUGCCUGUUUCCCGCAGGUUAGCUCAUACGCUUUUAUUAUUUUUAUUUUAUUCCCCUGGAGGGAAAAAAAUAUACCUUUUUAGCUAUGAAGAUAAGGUCUGAGACAAGCCUUAAACGUUCAGAAGUAAUUGAAGCUCGCUGCGGGCAUGUUACAGAUUGCUGCUGCUCUUGGGACUGUCUCAGUGGAAAUUCAGCUUGAUAAAAUUCACAAAGAACUGGAACUGCUCAAAGACACAAUUGAAAAAAACGUUUUGAGAAGCCGGUGGAAAGUUUCCAGUGCAGCCGGCUGCAGGCGCGGAAGCAGGAGCAAGGAAUGCAGCCUGGCCUUCUCAGCAUCGCCACCACUCAGGAUUUUUAUCACACAUGUUGGGACAUUUUGGAUGUUUUCCUUUAAAAACAAGCCUAGCUCGCGCAGGCGUGCAAGUAAGAGGGAAUAGCAGCUUGUUUCGUUUUCUUAAAAAAAAAAACCAAACAUAUAACCAAUAUGCUUAAUAUUUGAUGAGGAGAGACUUUCUUCCUCAAUUUUAAAGCAACUGUUAAAGAAAUGCUUUGUGAUUUGUUCAGCUCUGGUGUUGGCAGCAUUCCCUCUCCAGAGCUACUCGAGCCGGAAACUCCGGAGUUUGCACUCACACUCACUGGUGGGGAGGGACUGAUAUGGGGCUUUCCUCUGCUUUUAAAAGCAAACCAGUGGAAAGCAGGACAGGUGAAAACAGGAUUUAAUCGGAUUUUAAAUUGCAUGUUUUGGCACCAGGGCUGUGACUUGUUCCCAGGGAGGAGGCAAUGGUGGCUGUGAACCAGAGGAUGCCUGCCGGGGCAGUCAGCUGCCAGGCGUUUGAUUUACUUACCCCACCAUGAACCUUUCAUUUUGGGCCAAUGUGCUUGAGGAAUAAAAAUGCUUCCUAAAUAAAACAUGCGGUGGAGCUGCUGGUUUAUAUCCCUCGAUUUUAGCAAGCUGGGAAAAGGAAAUGCCACUGAUGUUUCCUCCUUACUCGUACCCAUUUCAUCCUGAUCAUAGCACAUCGGGAUGGUGAGCUGGGCUGCACCCUGCCUGGAGUACUGAUACAGGCUGAGCCAGAGCGGUUGUUUAGGGCUUGUUGUUUUAUUCCAGUUGUUCCCUUUCCCAUCCAAGUUCCUCCGACUGUAGUGUAACUUGCCCAGACUUGCGCUGCGCAGAAGCGGGAGGGAGCUUUGAAGCCGACAUUAAGAAGGGAGUCAUUUGGGGAGUAACAAACUCCAGGGAUGGAGGUUAAACUAUAACCGCGUGCCAGUGUGCUUUUGGUUCCUGAAUUCCCAAGGGGGAAGGGAGGAAGCUGGAGCAAGAUGGGGAAUUCCUGCCAGACGGAGCAGCCUGCCCGACCAGCUUCAAAAUAUUGACCUCAGGGAGUGCACUGCAAGUGGAAUAAAAGCUGUGCUUGCUCCGGACCAGCAGGACAGCACUGCAAACGCCUGUGAAGGUGAAGGGGACAUGGAGAAGUAAAAACACCAUUUAUACAGAAAAUAGAGAGUAUUCUUGAUGUGUCCGUGUAAAUGGCAGAAGGGCAUGAGUGUGAAUUGGGGGUGUUGUGCUGCUGCUGUCAACCUGUGUUUCCUGGGUGUCUGGCUGGAGCAGAUGUUUAAAGCCUGCUUUUAUACCUAGGACUCAGAUUCCCCUGGGACAUGUCAGGGUUGUUACUUAACCUCUGUGUUUACAUCCUCCUAAUACUCCCCUGAUCGCUUAACCACUUGUCAAGAACUCUUGAGAAUCUCAAAAGCAACUGUGGAAGUGCAAAAUGACUUUAUAUUCAGAGCACCCAUUAAGUUAAGCAAACCAGGGGAACUCCGAGAAGAAUAUGAAAGCCAGCUAAGGAAGCUGAGAGAAGAAAAGCUACAAGAAGAUAAAGCUUCUGAGGAUCUGAUUCACAAGUUCAUUCUGGAUGACAUGGAUGUAGGGAAAAAAAAAAUGGAAGAACAGCAGAAAAAAGAUGAAUCUUUAGUGCUUAAAGUGAACCAAGAGUGUUUUCCUGAACGGCUCUCGGAUUCGGAGAACGAAGAACCAUUCCAGGGCAAGCAAACACAUCGGUCAGCUUUUGUUUCCAAGACCAGUGCCUACUCCUUUGCUUUCCUUUCAGGGAACCUAACCGCCAAGGUGGAAAGGAGUCGGAGCUGCAACGACACCUUUCAGGAGAGAUCAAAGAGCAGGCAGAGAUCAGCCCCAGCCAACAAAACGAAGGUGCCACCCAUCACCAGCACGUCGACGCCACUGGUUGGAGUUUUGUCAUCCACCCAAAACAACCGCUGCCUCUCUGCCCCAGACCUGACGGCAGAGAAGCGCCUGGUUCUCAACCCCGUUUCGUCCCUCUCUGCCCUGCACAAGCCAGAGCGAUCCAUCAGCCCCGAGAGCAACGACAGCAUUUCAGAAGAGCUCAACCACUUCAAGCCUAUCGUCUGCUCCCCGUGUACUCCUCCGAAGAGGCUUCCUGACGGCAGAGUCCUGAGCCCUCUCAUUAUCAAGUCGACUCCGAGAAACCUGAACCGGAGCCUGCAGAAGCCGACCACCUACGAGGCCAGUCCUAGAAUACUGAAAAAAUGGGAGCAGAUAUUUCAGGAGCGCCAGAUCAAAAAGACUCUUUCUAAAGCUACCCUUACGUCCUUGGCUUCAGAGCCCGGGGAAGACGUCGUAGUUUCUGACACGACCAACUCCAGCACUUGCACUAAAGAGCAGCCGCAAGUGCAGGUUGAUCACCUUCCACCUGACACGACAGGAGAGCCUCACCCCGAGCUGGAUUUCUUCCCUUCCAUCAGUGAAACGAAGCUGGGAAAAGCAAAUGAGAAGAACAGAGAUUCACAGCCCUUAACAACAGACGACACCGCUGCUGAACCAGAUGCACGAUCAAAUGUAACCUCCCUAAAUGCACGGGUGGCCGAAGUCCCUGACCUAAAAGUGAACGCGUUCAUGGACAAAUCCUGUCUUAGUCUUGGCCCGAAAAUGCUAAGCAGAAGACUUAUGGGCGUCAGCGCAUCCCUGCCUGACAACAGCACACUAGGAAUUCCCGUUAAGACAUCAGGGAAAAAGCAGCUGAAAUGCCUGAACAACAGCGAAUUGAUCAACGUACAGAACAGCACCUGCAAUUCCGUUGAGAACAUCAUCGGGGAACAGCCCCCGUCGCUGAGACGGGGCCGGAAGAGACGCUGCAAAACGAAGCACUUGGAGCACAAUGGCUCUGUCAAAAGACUGAGGCACACGGCGGGGGAGGUGGGCUUGCCUCCGGAGGAUUGCUUGGUGCGGGAGAUGGAGCAGAAGCUCCAGCAAGAGGAGGAGGACAGGAGGCUGGCCCUGCAUCUGCAGCGGAUUUUUGACAGCGAGAACAGGACAGUGGAUAGGCGGAAAGUCAGAGUCGAUCGGUAUCUGCUGCGGUCGAAGAGCACUCUGGGUGCUAAGUAGCACUGGUGGACAAUGUGGCCUUUCUAGAGGACAAUGAGGUUUAUCAGAUUAUCUUAGAGGAAAACUAUUUUUUGUCAUAGUUCCACCCACAGAAUUGUUUUUUCAUUUUGGUGGUAAGACAUUUGUAGGUCCAGUUCAGAGAGAAGCCAGAGUCCUUUCAGAUUAGCAAAAGAGAAAGAGAGAAUGAGAAAAAAAAUCCUCCAGCCUUUCUGGUCCAUUGGUCUGAGAGAAGUGUCCAUCAUCCCUGUGAAUACACUGCAAUGCCUGUACGUGCAGUCAGCGACAUUUGGGUUCCCCAGCUAGGAGGGUUGUGUGAGCAACACGUGGGGUACGGGAUAAGGACUUGAUCUGUUCCUUGCCUUGCCACUUCAAUAUGCCAAGAGAAAGCAGAGCGGUACUCGUGGGAAGUAGGCUUUGUCUGUCCUAGAAACAGUCUUCUCCCCUCUACCUACCUUCUUUCCUUCCUUACGCUGCAGCUGGCUGUGGUGGUCAGGCUGUCACUGAUGUCAGCGUGUUCAAAUGACGUGACUCGAGGGCUGCUGGGGAGGGAGGCUGAGCCACGUUUCUGCUAGGAAGUACCAAUAGAUCCACCCGUAGUACUUAGAAAUGAAUGUAUCUCACUGUCUGCACCAGCAGUACAGGUUGUAGAUUAUUUUCUCUUAAGCAGAAAGCCAAAUGCAGUGAAGAAAAACAUAAAAUAGGGAUUUUACUGAAGAGCCUUAUAGGAACUUGUACAUUCAUGUUAGUGACACAGCAGAGAGCUCAGGUAGAGCAGCUGGGUGCUGUGAUGUGGGGAGCAAAUGCAGCCUUUCUCCCAGUCCCUGCCUCUUCCAAGGGAAGGGGGUUUCAUGUUCUUCCCACGAACAUCAGAAUCUGGAAAGGGAAAUGCUGUCUGGGUGAAUUAGGCAAGGACGUUCUCCCUGCUGACACCGUGCAGGAUCUUGCUCGGUUAAGAGAUCUCUCAGCACACCUAAGACCUGUCCUUACACGUCCAAGUGCAGCCUGAGGAGGCAUCCCGAGGUAUCUGACGCAUCGCGGUCAUCUCCCAGUCAUCUCGCAGGCGCCUGAUGGGUUGGCAGUAGAGCGGGGACAGGAACCCAGCCCUCCCAGCCUGCGGGCACGCGGAUGUGGGCGCUCAGGGCAAUGCAAGCCUGCCCUGCCCCUGCUCUGAGCUAGCUGUCUUCAGGUUCAAACCACUAAGAAAGCUCAGGUGAGCGAUGCACUUAAAAAUUUCCACUUAAAGGCAUGAAGUUGGGUACAGCAGCCUGGACCAGAGCUAUCUCAGAGCCUGUGCUUGGUGGAGCGUGUGUUGUCUGCCCAGAUGUGGCCUUCAGUGGCAGCCCACCCUCUGGGCUCUUCGUGUUUCUAACAAUCUUCCCCAUCACCCGUUAACAGCACAAUAAUUUUGUUGAUUAUUUCUCGACAUCAGACUCAAACAUCAGCUCUAAACGUGCUAUUGGAAGCUGCCUUGCAGAGUAUUCACUGGGGACCCUCGGUGCCCACGGGGACCUUCGUCCAGGGCAGAGGCUGUGGCAUGAAUAACCUUGCUGACCCGUGUGCCGGGUGACAAGCGGUAUUUUCAGGCUGUAACUGAAGCACAAUGCUGGGGCAAGCUUACCGUGACCUGUGGCGUGAAGGGAAGGGAGGACAGCUGAUGCGUUUAAACAGAUGGAUUUGACCUAAGAGAAUGGUCGUUGCCCAAUUUCCUCUGUCUGAAAAAUGGUUGAAUUUCUCCCUCCAUCUUAAAUGGUUAAAAAGAAAACGGGAACUGGUUUUCUUUUUCUCUCCCAGCAUACCUGCAUAACUGCGAGGACCCUGGUGCUUUUUCCUAAUUGAACUGGAUUUUUUUUUAAAAAAAAAAAAAAGAAAUCUUAUAUUUUAAUGGAUAAAAUUUAUAUAUUUUAAAUACUAUAUUUCAACAGAUUGACACUUUCAUUUUGAGAAAUCUUAUAGCAAUGAUUCCGUAAUAUAUAUCUAUCUAUCUAUCUUUGUAUCUCCUUAACACACAAACUACUGGAUGUUUAAAGUCGUACCUAGGGCCGGCUAGAGCUGCCCUGCUCUGCCUGCCCUCUGUGGCUCAUGGGCGAUGGCUUUCCAUGGCCUCUCAUGCACCGCAGCCUCGUUAGGUGCUGACUGAAGCAGGCGCUUUUGACCCAAACUGAAGCCGGCUCCAGUACCCAGCUGUGAACUGGAAGGAAAUUAAGUAACUGGAGCCUUGACCGGACCUGGAAGAGCAGUGCAGAGAGAAGUAGCGAUGGCCUGGAUCUGCCCUUUAACAGUGAAGUAAGCUCAGGAGGGAAACCCACAGCUUUUACUCAGAAUUCACGCCAUUUUUUCCCAACAUUUUGAGCUAAAGCGUGCACUUCCCAGGUGCACUUAGAUUAAUAAUUAUUUUUACAGGCCCCCUUCUCCCUGCCCCUUCCCCGCAGUUAACCCCUUGUGCCCAAAUCAGCCUCCCCUGAAGAGUUUCCUUCUUUCUUGCGGCACUUGUGUGGGUUCCAUCCAGGCUUGGGCUGCUGGGUGCUCUCUGAGCAAGCCCACUCCACAAGCAACUAGAUUUACACACUGAAUGUAUCCUUUCUUCCCCCUCUUAAAAUAGAUUUUGCAGUCCAGUGCACCAGGCCAGUGUCUUAAAUAUCUUCCUUUUAAAAGAUUACAUAAAUAUUUAGAUUUUUGUGUGUUAAUUUCCUCUUUCUAAAUCCGAGCUGGGCAGAAGCGCGGGAGGCAACGCCUGAGCUGGAGCUUGUCCCCAGCCAAAAAUACUUAGUGGGACCCCUCGUGCUCCCAGCUUCCCAGACCUCACCUUCGCUGGGCAGCUGGCUCCCCCCACGACGGAGAGCCCAUGGCCCAGCAGCGCCGCUCGGCUCCCCGAGCAUCCCACAUGGUCCGUUGCAUCCGCAUUGAAGGAGACCUUUAGAUGUGGCGCCGCAGCCGUGGCGCGGAGGGGUUGCAGUCGCAGCAGCUUUCAGGGAAGCAUUGAAGUGGGAUCGAUCUUUUCUUGUGAGGUGGUGUGCCCACAGGUUUUUAGUCUGAUGAAGCUGCUGGCUGCGUUUCUACACUCGCUUCUCCAUCUAGUUGCUUAAGGACUGGGGAAAACACGGGCCGUUUUCCAGCCAGCUCACCCAGACCCUCUCGCCGCCUUCCAGAGCCAGCGAGAGUGCGACUGCCCUCGGCUGAAGUCUGCCCGAGGUGGUGUCAGGUUUGAGACUUGAGGCAAUGUGAAGCUAGGAUGAAUGUUUUAUUAAUUUAACACUCUUAAGUGUAUGUAAGCUUGCACAAAAAAAAAUAAUUGUAUAUAAUUACACUUAAAAGAGCAGGAAUUCCCAGCCUCUAUCCUUUAAAGGUCAGGUGUGACGCUACCUUUGCCACAAAUAACGCCAGCUGAGAAGUAAAAUACCUCUUGCUGAACGGUGGAUGCAGCACAAGAUCUGCAGAGGCCCUAAGUUGAAACGAAGUAUUUAUUUACACUUACAUGAAAGUCGUAUUUCUAACCCUCCUCCUUUCUGCAGCCACCUUCUCUCCAGGACGAAGGCAAUCCUUGCCGGCUGUGGGACAGCGCGGGUGUGUGAGCAGCCUCCCAAAAUGUGCAGCUGUCUUCUCUUGCGAGAAAAAAAGCAGGUCAAGAGAUUGCACUGCCAGUAGCACUGGAGGGGCUGGGGUCGGUUUGACAACAGAAGUGUCUGCCAAAGAUGCCACUGACUCUGGAAAGUUGCUUUCUGACCCUCCGGAGCUCUCUACCCGGGAAAAGCCGUAUGGAAAGGUCCGUGUAUGGAGUCAGAUCAGAUAAAUGAAGGAAAAGUGCCAAAAGAAGGGAUCAUGCCAGAUGAUUGUAUAAUGUUGUUCUAUAUUGUCAGUAUUUUUCUUCAAAUGCUAUUGUACAUGCAGUGCACAGUAACCAUGAAGUGUCGCUUGAACAAGUGCUUCUUUGUAUUUUCUCAAUGAAAGAAAGGGGAAGGUUGAAGCCUUAAAGACUAUCACUGAUGUUAAAACCAAGCCUUUAGCAGUGCUCCGAGGACAGACCCCAGGGCCCCGCCUGGACACUCCAACAGCCUCGUCCCGUCUCCCAGGCAGAAGGUCGUCAAGGAGCUUAUCCCCUGCACAGGGGGAAGCGCUUCAUGAAAACCCAGCCCCUCUCACCCGCUGGGGGACAAAAAUUAACGACUGUUAAUUGUGAGACCCCAAGGGUCUCACAUGGCACCGUGAUGGAGACCCGUGGGCUGUCCCCACGGAUGGCAGCUGGGUGGAACUGGGACAUGAUGCCGGUUUGAACUACAGCACAGAAGCCGGGAUGAUCCCCACGUGUCACAUGCAUCUGACACAAACCUUUCUCUUCCCCGUGUCUGUAAAACACCGCGAAGCAUCAGCUCUAGGAUUAGCUCUUCACUAUGCAAACAGGAAAACCUUCAGGUGGUGACAAAGGGGGGUUGUGUAUGCCUGGUUUCCUUGGUAUUUACUGUCAAACUGUUCAAAACAAAUCUAGAUGUUGCUACACUUUUUUUCCAAUAAUGCUUUAAAUCGUUGUGCUUUCGUGUUCUUUUCAGCUUGCCAGCAGAGCACUGGGGUAGUAGAAGACUUAACGGUCGUUUUGGGUCUCAGCUGAACCACCGUGGCUUCAUCCGAAUGUUUUUAAAACCAAUGGAAGUUACUGAAGGACUGUUGACUUGCAUGUGUAAAAUGUGUGGGUAAAAUGACAUGCAGGCGUCUGUCAUGUUGUGGCUUCUGUUAUUUGGAACAGAGUAAAUCCUGCUUGCGAAAAAAUUGUCACAAACCAGAAAUAUGCCAACUGUGUACAAAUAACAUGUACAUUUUAACAGCAACGAGGACUUUUAACUGCAGGACAAAGGCCGAGGUUAAAACAGAAUAAAACCAGGUUCUGACAGUAAA